GAAUCGUCGGGCGGGCGCCGAGUCUGGCGGCGAGCGAGCGAGCGAGCAAACGAGCACCAGCAGCCAGCAGCAGCAGUAGCAGCAGCAGCAGCAGUACGCGUACCGACGCUGUCGCGCCGACAGACGCGCGCGCGUGCUAGAUCGCUUCCGACCUCUAAUUGGAUUCCGUCCGAGGCCUUAUAAAAUCGCGAAGCGAAUAAGAGAAGAAGGAGAAGGAGGCGGCGAACGGCGAAGACGCAAGAUCGUGUGUGCGACGACAAGACGACGACGACGACGACGACGACGACGACCGCGACGACCGCGACGACCGCGACGACGGUAGUGGUGGCGACGAUCUCCUUUCCUGUGCGCGUUCGCGAGAACUCGCGAGAUCGCCGACCUACGACACGCGCUGCCGCGAAAAAGCGGCUGUUUCGUAAGUGUUAACGCAUCCGCGGAAAGCAAGGGAACACGGGGGCGGACGGAGAGAAGGAGUGCGAAGAAAAAGGAGGUGGAGGAUCAAGAGGAAUGAUGAAUAAGGAACAGGCUCACGAUGCCAAACAACAGAUCGCCACGAGUCCCGAGGACACGGAGGAUAUGCCCGCGGGGCAGCAGGGCCCCCAGGUGCCACGGCGGCGGGGUGGAAUCUCGGCGGAGCCGGUCUCCGAGGAGGAUGCUACCAGCUACGUCAAAAAGGUCGUACCUAAAGACUACAAAACCAUGGCUGCUCUGAGCAAGGCCAUCGCCAAGAACGUGCUGUUCGCACAUCUGGACGAGAACGAGCGCUCCGACAUAUUUGACGCGAUGUUCCCCGUGACCUUUCUACCCGGCGAGGCGAUCAUUCGUCAAGGCGACGAGGGUGACAACUUCUACGUGAUCGAUCAAGGGGAAGUUGAAAUAUUCGUCAACGGCGAGCUGGCGACGACGAUCGGCGAGGGUGGGAGCUUCGGCGAGCUCGCGUUAAUCUACGGAACUCCACGCGCCGCUACUGUCAGAGCGAAGACCGACGUUAAGCUCUGGGGCAUCGACAGGGAUUCCUAUCGCAGAAUUCUCAUGGGGUCCACUAUAAGGAAAAGGAAAAUGUAUGAGGAGUUCUUAUCCAGGGUUUCAAUAUUGGAAUCCUUGGAUAAAUGGGAAAGACUCACAGUGGCAGAUGCUCUGGAGCCGGUAGCGUUCGAUGACGGUGAAACGAUAGUCCGGCAGGGCGAACCGGGUGAAGAUUUUUAUAUAAUCGUCGAAGGUACGGCGGUGGUUCUACAACAACGUUCGGAAGGCGACGAACCUGCGGAGGUCGGCCGUUUAGGACCAUCGGAUUACUUCGGAGAAAUAGCACUACUGCUGGACAGGCCCCGAGCAGCAACCGUGGUGGCCAGGGGUCCGUUGAAGUGUGUGAAACUGGAUCGGGCGCGGUUCGAGCGGGUCUUAGGUCCGUGCGCCGAUAUUCUGAAACGCAACAUCACCCAGUAUAACAGCUUCGUGUCCCUCUCCGUGUAAACGGACUCUAUCUCUUCGCAUUCUCCCUCCUUUCCCUUCCCCGAUCCCGUCAUCGCGAUCAGCGCUGCCGAUCAUCCCCGACUUCAUUUCCACCGAGGGCUACGUUAUUUCGCCGUACCAUAGUUAAAUCUUUUUUUAUUUGAUUAAUAUUUAUAUAUAAGUGAUUUAAUGUAUUACGUCAGCUAUCAAUCAGAUGUGUACACGCAUACACAAAACACACAUACAAAAAACGUACAGACGGUAUCGUUAGAGAGACGCUGUUAAUAUAUUUACCGUAAGGCUAUUUACGCACUGUGUAGCUCGCGACUCGAUGCCGACGCGCACGCGAAUUCAUCGUUGACGUUGAUCUCUUCCGCGUGAUCUGUUCCUACUCGUGUGAGAUUCUCACGUGCACGAGAAAUAAUUAAUCCGUUAACGUCUGACCUCUUUCGAGAGGCUAAGAAUCUAGAUUUAAAAAAAGAAAUUCACGUUUAAAUCUAAAAAAAAACCCGCAAAGCGGAAUACUAACAGUACCUGAGUUAAAGAACAGGUUCCAAUUCGCGAGACAGUUCCUUCUCGCUUGUGGACGCUAACGGAUUAAUCCGGUUAAUGGCACGUUGCGUACAUCUCGAGUGCAUUGUAGAGUUCUUCGAUCGAAAUUGAUACUUGUAUCGUGAUGUGAUUUUUAUAACCGCGUCCCACAAGGUCUACGUCGAAAACGCAAACACUAUUAAGUGUUAUUAUACGAACUCGUAAUCGAACCACGUUAAAUUAUUCGAAAGCCAUUUUAAGGCUUCUGUUACGUCGGAAGCGAAAAAAAAUUGCCUCCCGUUCUUGUUCGAUGGAAUAGAUCAAUAGAUUGAUAGAAUACAUCGAAGUCUCUAUGAUUCUGUAUCGAUAAUGUUAAAUAGUUCAAUUUAUACAUAUUUUGAAUUUUGAGUGGAUCACGCAAAAAUUAAAUUUCCCAGCUUUUAAUUUACUAAUUGAAAUUUUUAGUGAAUUUCACAAAUUUUUUCUGUCGAAUAAGAGUAGUGAUAUAUAAAAAAAAAACUUAGCUUCUUUCAUUGCAAAUCUAUUAUAAGUAUUGUGCAUAUGAGUUUUCGCUUCUGAUGUAAUCCAAUAUAGCUGCAGUAACGAGCCAGAAGCCGUAAAUAUUAUCUAGCAGCGAGAAAGUGUUGAAAGUGAGACGUUUUCUCGUUUACUGUUAUAUACUUUAAAUGUUCUAUGUUGUCUCAUGGAUUGUUAAAUUAUUCAACAUUUAAAUUAUUUUAUCUAUCGAUUGUAUGCAAAUCGGUACUUAUAGAUAUAUUAGCAACGACAAACGUAAAUAUCGGUCGCGAUUUGCAUUGCACUUGCGGACGUCGCGAAGCAUCCGUCGACCGUGGUAUUUAUUAUUAAGCGAAGCAUCGUCGAGGCGAAGUCGAGGCAAAACGAGUCGCAAUCUAUGUCUCCUCUAAAAAGUGCGCUAGGUUUAUAGUACGACAAGCGAGACAAAAAAUGAGGUACAACGUCAGAAAAUUAAAUAAUUUAUUAUGCACAA